AUUUUGUUUCCCUUAAAAAGGAAAAACCCUUAAUCUUAUUGCUUUGUGUUAUUUUCUACAUUCUGCAAAACCAGAAUGAGUAAACUGUACAGAAGAGGAAUGGUUCAUCCUUCGCCGCCACUCAUAUUGUACCUACUUUCCUUCCUCCUCCCAGCUACCGUCCUCACUCUCACCGUCCCUCUCUCACCGGAGGAUAAGGAAGCCGUCGCUUACCUCAUUCUAUAUCCCUCUUAUUCUUCUUCUUCUAGUCACCAAAACACUCGCCGGAAAUCCAAGGGUUUGUACCACGUUAAUCAUCUACCUCUCUUCCAUUGCAAUUGCUUCAAUUGCUACACGAGUUAUUGGGCUCGUUGGAACUCAUCACCGAAUGUCCAAAUCAUUGACAAAAUCAUCGAGGCAUUUGAUGAGGAUUCAUUCUCUCCAACAUGGAAUGAUAAGAUAAACAAAUCGUCCGAGUGGACUCGCUCUGAGUUCGCGAUUGAUUCUGUAUCUUCCGAGUCAGAAUCGGUGGGGGAGAGUAGUUGUAUUACUAUUAGUAAUAGUGUUGAUGUUAGUGAAGAAAGUGAUGAGAUUGAAAAUGAAGAGAAAAGCACUGUCAGAAGAUUUAUGAGUUUCAUUCGAAGAAGGAUUUGGAAUGCUUGCUGGCUUUGCAUUAAUUUCCGGAACAAAAAAUAGGUGGCCAACAAACAGUUGAAGGAAAAGAAGACAACGAAGAGGAGGAGCAUCAAAGCCAAAUAUGCCUCAUUAUCAGGUGGUGGAGAUAUUACAUUUUGAUGAUAUUGCGAGUUAGCAUGAUAGUGCUAAUUCAACUACUGCACCACCAUUCACUCUCGUUAAUAAUAUGGUUGCUAAAUACAGUUUGGAAAAAGGGAUUGAGUUGAGGCGUUUUUCACUUAGUUUGAUUGAUAAUGAAGUGAGACGGUUUUUUUUUUUAUGAGUAUCGAGAAUGUUGGUGACACGAAAGAUUGGUUGCUGUAUUUGCAUGCCAAAGAAAUGCUUUUUUUUUUUUUUUAUAUAUAUAUAACUUUAUUUGAUUGUUUUAAUUAUCUUAGUUCUAUUUAGUGGAAAUGUAUUAUUUGUAACUUAUAUCCCGAUGAGAUAGGAACUAUGUCUUUUAUUUGUGUUCA